CGUACAUAAAAAUAUAAAAAUCAAGGAGCGUCUACCAGGCCCGACGAAGUAUCCAGAACUUGAAAUUCAGCGAUCAGGUGUCGUGUAAUUACUCUUCUCCUUGUGGCAGUCCAAUUCUCAAUCGAGUUCCUGGUACUUAUGAUUCUUAUACUCGACCUCAAUUCAAUUGUUUGAUUCAUGAAACACUGAAAUUGAAUCUAGGGUUUUCUAUUUCUCCUCCAAUUUUACACGAACAACACAAUGCUGCAACCUCAAAUUGUUCACUCACCAGCUAGAUUAGGCCUUACAAACCCUAAUUCUCCUUCUCUUCAAAACCCUACGCCUCCCAAAUUCCCCUCCUCCUCUCACCAGUUUCACCACCACUCCACGGCUACCUCCGCCUCCACGACCGCCACCCCCAAUCCUGCCCCCACCACCUCCACCACUACAUGCAACUCCUCAACUCUCCUCUCUCUUCUCCCGCCUCUUCCCCGAGCCCAAGCCCUUCUCCUUCAAAUGGCUUCUUUAGCCUCAAAACUCUUCGACGUCUCCCCUAAUCGUUCCCUUUGGAUCUCCGCUUUUCGCGGCUCUCUUCCCACGUUUUUGUCUUCUCAAAUUCAGUCUCAGCCCCCGCCUCCUCUUGAGUCUUCUCCUUCCACCACUAAGGAAAUUAUUUCUUCCUUUACUGCCCUUCAGACUCAGCUUUUUGAAGCUGUUGCUGAGCUCCAAGAAAUUCUUGACCUUCAAGAUGCUAAGCAAAAGAUUGCUCGUGAAGUUAAGUCUAAGGAUUCGUCUAUUCUUGCUUUUGCUAAUAAGAUUAAGGAGGCCGAGCGCGUUCUUGAUAUCCUUGUUGAUGAUUAUUCGGAUUAUAGACGUCCCAAGAGGGUGAAACUGGAGGAUGGUGAGGAUGAAAGUGAUGAUUCUUGUACCACGACUGUUGCAUCUAGGUUGAAUUUGUCGGAUAUUUUGUCGUAUGCUCAUCGGAUUAGCUACACGACUUUUGCGCCGCCUGAGUUCGGUGCUGGCGGCCCUCUGCGUGGAGCUAUGCCACCUGCUCCGCAAGAGGAGCAAAUGCGGGCUUCUCAGUUGUAUGCUUUUGCUGAUCUUGAUGUGGGGUUGCCUAAAACUGUUGAAACUAAGGAGAAAACAAUUGAGGCUAUCAUUGAGCCUCCACCUUCACAGCCAGCGGAUGUCAAUCCACUUGCAAAUUUGGCUGGUUUGCUUCCUUCAAAUUUCACAGUACCAUCAGGUUGGAAACCGGGGAUGCCUGUCGAGUUGCCCAAAGAUUUUCCACUCAUGCCUCCACCUGGGUGGAAGCCUGGAGAUGCAGUACCAUUGCCUCCAUUGGAUGCAAUUUCUGUGCCUAGAAUCGAUGAACAACCAAUGCGACCUAUUCCUCCUCAGGGAUUACAUAAACAACCUGAGACAAUCCAGGUUCGACAUGUUGAGUUGGAUAUUUUGGAUCAAGAUGAUGACAGUAGUGAUUAUAGCAGUGAAGAGGGAAGCUCUGAUGAUGAUAAUUAGCCGAAUGAUAGUUCUGAAGUUUUGUGGGCUGAAGUGCUGAUGUUAAGUGUAUUAACAAGUAUAGCUUAUGCAAUCUGAACAAAUAAAAUUUUUGUUUCGCUUAUGAAUGUUUCUUUCUUGCAAUGGUGAUUGUGAUAUCCUCAGGUAUAUUAGUACGGAAAUAUAUUCGUUAAUUGGAGAUAUAGGUAGAAUGAUAGUUGAGAGAAGUUCCGUGGAAAGAGUAGCAUGUAUGCCUGAAGUUCAUUCGUUGAGUUUCAACAACUUCCAAGUUAGAUUGUAAUUUUGAUAGAUUAAUACUUGUUGAUC